AUGCCUCCAAAUCCACGUCCAAAAGAAGCAUCAGCCAAAAGGGGUGGAAAUCAACAUACUGGCCCUAGGAACCCCCCUACAGCCCCUGAAAGCAAAGAUCCUUUCAAGGGCAUAAUUCAAGGAACCGCAAAAACGAGCAUCAUGAUUACCACGAGACGCCCCUCAAAGCACGUGUACUAUCUAUUGUUGAGUGGGAGGAUUCCAAGCCAUUUGAAAAGCGCGCUAAGCGGGAGGAUAUAUUCAGGUUCUGUGGUGUUUCGGAAAGAAUGGGAUACGCAGUCAUUGAAGGCUACAACAAGGGAAGGAAGGAGGGAGAACUGCCUGCUUCUGCUCGUACAUUUCACAAUGAUAUUCGCGAAGAAGGGACUCGAGGUGCGUCGGUGGAACUCGCCUCGCUUAAACACAAUCAUUGGCAUCUUCAAAAAGAAUUCAUGAAAGGCGAAAGAAUGACGGAACGAUAUGGAAAAGGAUCCUAA